GUUCUUUUAUUUUUCUUGCUCAAUACAUUUCAUCUAUACCAACACCCAUUUACCAACGUCCAAAAUGAACUUUAUGAGCUUUAGCUUAGGUGGCAAGAAGAAGGCCCCAAAAAGCAAACCAACGACUAGCGGUCCAAACAACAAGCCAUUGUUCCUAUGCAACCCGUUUGUUAGUAAUAUGCUAGUGAAAGGAAGCUUCAAGACGAUCGUAGAACUACCAAAAUAUGUCGACGCUAAUGAAUGGCUAGCCUUCAACACGUUUGAAUUUUUCACCUAUAUCAACCUCUUUUAUGGAUCUAUUGCAGACUUUUGUACAAUACAGUCAUGUCCCAGCAUGUCAGGAGGCCCAGGCAUUGAAUAUACGUGGACAGACGCACAAUCAAAGAAAAUGAAGUUGCCAGCGUCACAAUAUGUCGAUUUUAUGGCAACAAGUAUACAAAAUACUCUUAAUGACGAGACAUUAUUCCCCACCAAAGCCGGCCGUGAUUUUCCACGAGAACUGCCCAUAGUUGUGCGAAAGAUCUAUUCACAGCUCUUCCGAGUAUUCGCACAUAUCUACUACCAUCAUUAUGAGAAGGUCUUGUCACUGCAUGAGGAAGGACACUUCAAUUCACUGUUCGCGCAUUUCAUUUCCUUCGCAAAAGAAUUUGAUCUAUUGGAUAAGAAGGAAACUGCACCAUUGCAAGAGCUCAUUGAUGUUAUGGAAAGGAAUGGCGUUAUAGCUGCUUAGGUUUAGACCUCCAAAUCACGAAAUACAGGCACAACUACAUACACUUUUUUAUUCACCCAUAUAAAAUCAAAAACCUCCCAACCAACUACCCAGCCUGAUUCGAUCAAACCGAUCUAAAAUAUCAAAAACACCGUGUAUGUUGUUUCUACGUUAACUGUGGCUUCACCGCGAUACAAAUUACAUCGAUGAAGAGUAUGCAACAUUUGUGAAUAUGACCCAGUUUUGCUAUAAAGUUUUGCGGGAUAAUGCCAUUCAAUAACAGCCUAUGACAAAUCUACCACUAACGAAAAGCAGAGGUUGGGAUUCACCUUUGGUUAUUUGCUUUUUGCCUCAUCUUCAACGCAUGGAAAAUAAAUAGGGCGUAAUGUUCACGUAAGACAUGU